AUGGUUGCUACUGGUACUACCAAGAAGGUCUCCUUGCGCACCUUGCACGACUUGCCGGUUUGCGCGCAGCAGUUCUUGUACCAGGGCCGGCGCUUGAAUGAUGACGCCAAGCUGGAAGAAUCAUGGGACUUACAGUUGGUCAUGCAGUCGCUCGCGACCGCAGACCAGCGGUGGUGGGCUGGCUACGAGCUGGCCGUCUACGCUUGCGUGCACGGCCGCGUGGGCGUGGCGCGCUGCCUGCUCGAACUCCGAGCUGACAAGAACUACCGCCAUGAAGAGGGAGACACGCCGCUGAUACUUGCAACAAGAAACGGACAUGCUGAGCUGGCACGGUUUCUGGUGGAUCAGGGUGCGGACACGCAGAUGACAAACCAUCGGAAGCAGACAGCCCUCUUCUUCGCAUGCACAGAGGGCCAUGCUGAAAUCGUGAAAGUGCUCGUGAGAGUCGGCCCUCCCAGUGCUGCCGACCAGGGAUUCUUUGGGGAUGAGGCUGACAAUUCCCCGUUAGCCUGGGCCGCCGGAAAAGGCCAUGCGCACGUCGUGCGAAUGCUGCUCGAAGAUGGUGGUGGUGGUCAGGUGUUGGAGGGGGCCCUCAGCGCAGCGUGCGCAGAUGGGCACAUUGAGAUUGCGCGCCUCCUGCUGAGCGCCGGCGCGGACAAGGACUCCAGGGGUCGUUUUGGCGACACGCCGAUCAUACUAGCAGCUCGGUACGGCUACAGUGACGUUGUCCGCUUGCUCUUGGAAGCCAAUGCCGACCCGAAGCCGCGGGAUGUCUUUGGCCAGACGGCUCUCGACUACGCCGUUGAGAAGGGGCACAUUGAGACUCAGGAAGUCCUAUCACCAGGUUCCCGUCCGCCCCCACCACCGCCUCCACCUUGA